UCUCCAAGAAACUCUCGAACUUGGAAGGAUUCCAAUUCAAACUCUGUAAUCUCUCUCAGUUUAUCCCACGAAACAGCCGAAAUCAUUCCUCUGAAACAAUCCCUUUCCCUCCAUUAACAUCCUCUCUCGAUUUCCCCAUCUUCUUCCCCAAGAAAAGCAUCUCGAUUUUGUUCUAUAUCUCUUCAUCCAUGGCUCAUCUUCUUCACUCAUCAAUUCACCGUUUCUGUUAUCUUUCUUCCUCCCACACUCUUCAAUGGCCGCCGAACACCCUACUGUUUUCACCCCUGUCACCUUCUCCAAGUACUCGAAGCGGGUUCUUCUCAAAACUGUGCUGGACUGCAGCGAUGGUGGUUUGGGGUUUGUGGAUCAGAAAUUGGUGAUCGGAGGCUGGGUGAAGUCCUCCAAGGAGGUUUUUAGAGAGGCGGCGGUGCCGGCUGAUGCUAGUGUUAGAACGGCGUGUGAUGCUCUGCCGCCUAGGGCUAAGGAUGUUAGCUGCAUUGAGAUUUUACAGUCGCGGAUUCCGAUCGUUAGGUCUUUGCUUAGGAUGCUGUAUGGAAAUGAUUUACACGCCGGUGAGAAGUUGGAGACGUCUGUUCAUAAGCCGCCGCCGCCGCUUCCUUCCACUACUUUUCUUGUUGUUAACGAUGGCUCUUGUGUUGCAAGCCUUCAGGUUGCUGUUGAGUCCUCGUUACAUCAUCCUGGCCAGCUGAUGCCUACGGGAACUUGCAUCUUGGUGGAAGGCAUAUUGAAGCGGGCACCGGCACCUGGGAAACAUCUGGUUCGGCUUGAAGUGGAGAAAAUCCUUCACGUAGGGAAGGUUGAACAGGAAAAGUACCCACUAACCCAAAAGAAGUUGCUAAUAGAUCUUUUGAGAAAAUUUUCUUAUUUUCGUCCUCGAACAACAACGGUAGCAACUGUUAUGAGAGUUCAUAAUGCCUUGACUUUUGCAACUCACACAUUCUUCCAAAAUCAUGGCUUUCUUUAUGUGCAAUUACCGACCAUCACGACCACAGACAGCGAGGGAUUCAGUGAAAAGUUCCACGUUACAACCCGUGCCGGCAAUUCAGAAGUUAAGAAAAUAGAAUCAACAGAAGACAAGGAAACUGAUGGUGUGAAUCUUGAAACUGUUAAGGCUGCUGCAAUAGAGAAAAAAAAUAUUGUCAAAGAACUCGAGAGAAGUGAAAGCAACAGGGAAGCCUUAGCUGCUGCAGUUCAGGAUUUAAAGAAGACAAAUGAACUUGCAUUACAAUUAGAAGCCAGAGGAAAACAAAAAUCCAAAUUGAAGAAAGAUAAAGUUCACGUUUCUGAAAAUUUCUUCCCACAAGAAACUUAUCUCACGGUGUCUGGACAACUCCAUUUGGAGACCUAUGCAUGUGCCCUUGGAAAUGUUUACUCAUGCGGACCGAGGUUUCGGGCAGAUAGAAUCGAGUCGGCAAAACAUGCUGCUGAAAUGUGGAUGGUGGAGGUCGAAAUUGCUUUUGCUGAACUCGAGGAUGUCAUCAACUGUGCUGAUGACCUUGUUAAGUUCCUCUCCAAAUGGGUGUUGGAGCACUGUCUGGAUGAUAUGAAAUUCGUGCAAAAACGAAUCGACAAAACUAGCAUUCAUCGCCUUGAAUCAACCAUCACAAGUUCAUUUGAGAAGGUCUCUUACACUGCUGCAAUAGAAAUUCUGGAUAAGGCAACCGAUCAAAAAUCUCAAUGCUCGAAAAGGCUUAAAUUUGGUGCUGCUUUAACUGAUGAUCAUCUCAGUUAUCUUGCUGAUGCCUUCUUUAAGAAGCCUGUGAUAGUAUAUAACUACCCAAAAGAAACCAAGCCAUUUAAUGUGCGACUGAAUGAUGAUGGGAAAACAGUGGCAGCAUUUGAUGUAGUUCUUCCAAAGGGUGGAGUAGUAAUUUCUGGCAGCCAAAAGGAGGAGCGUCUCGAUGUAUUGUUGACAAGGAUGAAGGAGAUGGGGCUGCCAAGAGAGCAGUACGAGUGGUACUUGGAGAUUCGAAGGCAUGGAACAGUGAAGCACUCUGGUUUUAGUUUGGCAUUUGAUCGUUUCGUUCUGUUUACUACUGGCCUUACUGAUAUCAAAGAUGCUAUUCCGUUUCCAAGGAGUCUUGGAAAGGUCAGCCAUUAAACCGAGUUCAAGCCCAAAUUUCUAGAUC